AUGAAGUCGAACACAGAACGCAGUAACGAAUGUUUGCCCCCAAAGAAGAGGGAGAUCCCCUCGAGCACGCUAGCAUCUGAAACCCGCUCACCCACAAUACCACCUGCCAGUGACAGCCAGCGCUCAGAGAACUUGGCGUGGCUUGCCAGUGUGGCUGGUGGGAAUGAGAGUGGCGUGGGUGGGCACAGUAGCUCCAGUCAGUCAGACGGACCCCAGUAUAAGUCCCUCUUCUCUACUUCAGACUCUUCAUCCUCCUCCUCCUCUCUGAGGCUAGUUUCAUCUCUUCCCACAGUGUACACAUCCUCCCUGCCACAAUCCACAGUUGGAGGAACUGUCCAUUACACCCAGCUGCCUCCUAAUCUACAGUUCAUAGCCUCACCCUACCCUGCCCCUUACACAGGCUACAUCUCCCCUCAACUGCUGCCUCCCCCUCCUCCACCUCCACCCCUUUCCUCCUCAUCCUCCUCUUCCUCCUCCUCCUCUUUGGCUGCACAGAGAUCCUCGCACAUGGAGACAGUCUCUGCUCCUUCGCAGGCCUCCAAACAUGACCAGCAGAGAGCAUCCACAGGGCGUACCUCCAUGCCGCCCCCUCCCACAGAUCUCAACCCCCACCAUGUUCAAUUGUCAACCUCCCCACGGACUGUGCCGUCACCUCAUCACCAAGGAGGUGUUCACCUUCCCCAGUCCCUGCAUGCCCAUCAUUCUUUGGGACAUGGUUUGUCCCAGGUUGUCGUGCAGUACAUGGAUGGACCCACCAGGAAAGAGGAAGGUGGUUCCAGACCCAGAGAGCUGCACAACGGAGAGCUGGAAAGGGGUCGGCGGUUUGGACCAUCCCCUGAGUCCAGCCUCUCCAAACCAGGGAGCAAAUCACGGGACUCAACUUCUUCUUUGGCCUCCUAUGAGGCCCGCCAGCUGGUCCUACCAUCAGACUACUCUACUCAUGAUCCCUCAGGGCUGAGAACAUCUGUCAUGCUAAUGCCCAACAGCCAUGUAGACCAUCAGCUGGUACCACCAAGACCCAAUCAUGACAAACUGACAACCUCUGCCCCUUCACAUCUAGAGAAAGGUGGCAUCCUCUUGGGCAAACCUAUCAAUCGAACGCCAACCUCUUCCAACACCACCUCCUCCUUCACGUUCCCACCACCAAUGAGUGUCAACAGCCUAAAGGCUACCGUCAGCACUCUGUCACCCCAGACUGUUAUUCAGACCACUCAUAAUGCUACAGAGUCUUUAUCAAUGGGGCUCCCUGCCACUAGUAUCUACCCACAGCCACCCAUCAUCGGUUACAUCGCAGGGGGCAGUGGCAGCCAGCAUACACCACUCAGCUACCACACCAGCUUACAACAACACUUACUCAUUCCUGGCGCCCAACCAGUCAUCAUCCCUGUCAGUGGAGGUGGAGUCACCACACUGGAAACGGUAACCUCCCAUGUAACAUCAUCCACCCAAGCUGCACCAUUUCCCACCACACUCCCGCACACGUACAUUGCCCCCACUGCCCCUAAAGGAGAAACUCUGGAAACUCACAGCGGCUCGUAUCACCAGGCUGCUUCAGGUGCAGUGGUCCAAGCCCAGUUUCAUCUCCCAGUUGUUCCUGCUUCACCUGGGCUGGCCGCUCCUUCUGCUCCCCCUCAAACACUUAAUACGGUGGUUCCACCCUCGCUGCCCCCAUAUUUCAUCAAGGGCUCCAUCAUCCAGCUGGCUGAUGGGGAACUGAAACGCGUGGAGGAUCUGAAGACAGAGGACUUCAUCCAGAGUGCCGAGAUCAGCAGCGAGCUGAAGAUCGACUCAUCCACAGUGGAGCGCAUUGAAGGGAGCCACACCUCACCCAACUUUGCCGUGGUUCAGUUUUCUGUUGGUGAGCACCGCGCACAGGUGAGAAACCCGGGGCAACCUUCAUUUAAUAACAGUGUUAGUAAUUGGUGUGACAUUUUUGGGUGGGCCAGGCUUUGCUGGAGGCAAAACAGUAUGCUGUCUUUGGCUUGUGUUUGACAUGAUCCAAGAUAUCAUGGAUCUCUGUAAAUAUAUGGGGCCACUUGCUGUCUGGAACCAUGUUGCUUAAAAAAAGUCAACGCUGAUAUGAUGUGGCUGAACUAUAAUGAUUUGACAGGGCUGGAUAUUUACGUUUAAAAGUAAAGUUAAUAAAGUUAGCUAAGACAAACCAAGGGCAUGUAAGCAGUAGGGCUGUCCCAAUACGAUCCCCAGGGCUGCAACGAUUAGUCGACGUAAUCGAUUACGUCGACACGACAAAUUAAUCGACAGGAAAAUGAAGCGUUGAGUUAUUGUAGUUAAGAAUCACAUGCCGGCGCCUCAUGCUCAUCUAUAACUGCAGUGCACUACAGGAUGUGCUGGGGGCAGUAGCGCUCGCUGUUUACAUCCCGCGAGCAAACACAGAAGAAGAGUGCACGCAUUAUGGCAGAACAAACUGAAAAAGACGCUCCAAAACUCCGACCCAAAACUUCAAAAGUUUGGGAACAUUUUACUGAGAACAAACCAAAAAAACACGUCGAUCAAAGCUCAGCUUUCCUACCAUGGCAGCACCACGGCGAUGCAUGAGCACCUGAAAUGCCGACACCCCAGAAAUAGGUGUUUAUAAAUAAAGAAGAUAGUGAUUAAUCGUGAUUAAUCAGACGACUAGUCGAUAGAUUAGUCGACAAAAAAAUUAUCGUUGCAGCACUAUAUUGGUAUAGGAUACCGGUUCGAUAUCAGCAAAAAAAAAAUCGUAUUAUAUCGGGCUGCAUCUAAGCAUGCAGCAUGCAGAGCCAACAUAAUCAUAACAACAGUGCAUACUAAGGUACUAAAAUAGUAGCAAAGAGUAGGGGUGAUGUUGGCUUUGUGGCAGUAUUUUUUGUUCAAGUCCGAGAAAGACAUUUCAGCUGAAUGGAAAACUUGUCAUGCACAGUUUUUUUGCCAAUAUCAGAUUAAUAUCGGUAUCAGCCAAUAAUGAAGGCUACAACAUUGGUAUCGUAUGAGAAGUAAAGAAGUUGUUUUGAGACACCCCUAGUAAGCAGGGAUAACGAUGGCUGAAAUCCGUCCCUGUUACCCCCUCUUAGAAAAUCUAAGCGUAUAUAGCCGUGGUUGUAAUCCGAGUUGUAGAUGUGUGAGUGAAAGAUUUCUUUUAAUGAGAUAUCCAAUAAGCCUUGACAUGUAGGCUGCUCUUAGUGUGUUUUAUUAAUGUUGAAUGAUUUGUGGAGCUGCUCCCUUGUUAAUGAACAGGAUGGUGAAUCUCACAGGACUCUGCGAUCUCCUCUGUAAUUAAGUUCCUUGCAACCAGAUGACUGUCAUGUAACUAACAUGCUCUGGGAACAUGGUACAAAUCACUCCUCCUUAAGUAGGCAGUAAAGCAAGAAGUGCACUUACAGAAUAUUUCAGUAUUUUUUUAAUGUAAUCACAGGUUUGUCCCAGUUAGAUACCUCAAAGACGUAGCUUCAGUUGUUCACUUUAUCUCAUAAAGUCAUAAACAAAUAUCUCUUCUGUCCUCUUUUAGCAUCUAGUUCCUUGCAAUAAUUCACCUUUUUUUUCUGUUGUCUGUCUACGGUUCUCUGUUACUCCUUCAAACACACUCACACCCUCACAUUCACACAAACUCACCCUUCACACUGUCUUUGAGGGUGUGCGUUAAAGCCAGUUAAUCUAUUUCAUCUGUCCAAGCUGUGACUCGUCCACCCACACAGCACAUCUCUCGCCAUCUCUCCCGCCCCCGGCUGCUCUUUGAUACUGUACCCCACAAAAGCUGACAAUCUUUCAAAGACCUCUCUCCUUCUCUCUCUCCUUCUCUCUCUCUCUCGUACUCCAUCAGCGCCUCUUCUUACUCAUUUCUGAAGAGAUGGUAGCAUUCUUGAGUCCACACUCUGAGGACUCGCUAAGGAGUCAAAAAUUAUAUAAUACAGGAGGGAAAAUAUUGCCCGCCUUUUGCAUUGAGAGGCUGUAUGAUACAUCUUGCUCUUGCAUUGUUCUUGACAUUGUUCUCUUUCUCUCUCGCUUCCUCUCUCCUCCUCUUGUCCAACCCUCUUCCUUUUUAGACAUGCCUUUUCAUCUUCAUCCUCCAGUCCCACCUUUUCAUUCUCUCUACAAUAUUUCAGAUCCUCAUUCACUUUAUAUCCUUUCUCCAGGGAUUUAUUUUCUCCUUCACUUUCUGCCUGUAAUAUCUCAAAGGGUUCAGUGCUUCAGUCAGACAUCUCCUCCUUUUUUCCUUACAUAGAAAUAAAAAAGCAGAUCCCAAUAAGUUCUGCUGGUUCAGGAUUUUUAUCAGAUGAUGAUACAUAAAGACUUUCAACUCCCAGAUACUUUUUUCAUGAUUAUUAUGUCGAUAUUCAUCUGUGAGUAACACAUAGCUCUGCCCCUUCAAAACCAAUUACUUAUUACAUAACUAUGUCGCUGUUUUGAAAAACUAUGUCCCCAAACUUCUUUUAUUCUGUUAAAUUUAGACAAAACCAAAAUCCUGCAGUCUGUCACUGAACAGACUCCUCUGGUUGAUGAUGAUGGUCGCCCAUAAUGUCCAGUAGUUUGUCCAUUGUCCUCUCCGCCACAGUCACUAGAGAGUCCAGCUUCAUGCCGACCAUAAAGCUUGUCUGAGUUUUUCGAGGCAAAAUAUAAAUGUGAAUUUGCAAAUAGCCUGUAGACUCUUAUUUAAACCCCACCAAUACCUUCCUGUUCGAUAAAUUUUCACGUUUCUAUGUUAUUUCCCAUAAAUUGAAAAAACAUAUUGCUUCGCUGAAGGAGUCAUUUUUUGAUGCAGUUCGCCUAGUGGGUAAAGCAUGUGGUCCAUGUGCAGAGGCUGCAGUCUUGAUUGCACUGGAUGUGAGAUAGAUUUGAGAUUCUGGCAUGAUUUAGUGUAUGUCAUUUUCCCUCUUUCUUCCCAUAUUUCCAGUUUCUUACACAGCUCAUCUAUCACUGAAAGGUCUAAAAAUAAAUGGAAUAGUACAGAGCUUGACACUAACUUUUUUCACAAGUGGCACAUGUGCUCCGAAGUUGAAAAAGUUUGGAGCACACAAAGAACUUUAGGGGCACAAUGAAAAUUGAUCAAAUAAUGUUUGCCUAAUUGGUUGACAUAAGUAUUAUUAUUUCGAAUAAAUUUUAGGUCAAUUUGUCACAUGACAUGGAAGCUACUGAAGGAAAACAGCCUUUUCUGAGAAUAUCAACUGGUAAUUUAUUGAUGGUCCCUUACUCAACACCCGACGUUGACAGCGAGGGUGCCGAGUAGAUUUAACUGUGCUGUUGUUGCUAUUCCCAGUUAUGUGAGAAGACACUGGUAGAUCCGCGGCAAAUGUCUGUCGUAUAUCCAACCUAAAACUAACUUCACCGCAGUAUUUACAUGAAAAAACAUUUGUUGCUAGUUUUUUUUAUGCGCACCUGUGCCCCUAAAUACAUUUUACAAUUCGCACACAUCUAUUUUUAGUCACAAAUGCAAGUGAAAUGGACGCACUGUCAAGCCCUGUAUUAUUUAUUGGACUUUUAGGUUAGGGGGGAAAUGUUUUCUCAGAUUGUAACAAACUUUUAAAGGCCUUAAAUCACAGCAGUUUUCCUUUUGUUGAUGUUUCUUUGCACCGUUCUCGUUCCUCCAGGUGAGUGUGGAGGUCUUGUUGGAGUACCCCUUCUUUGUCUUCGGCCAAGGCUGGUCUUCAUGCUGCCCUGACAGGACCACCCAGCUUCUGGAGCUGCCCUGCACCAAGCUCUCAGUGGGCGACGUUUGCAUCUCACUCACCCUCAAAAACCUGAGAAAUGGAUCUCUAAAGAAGACUCAGCCCCUGGAGCUGCCCCCACCUGCUUCUGUCGCGUCCCCCAGCCACGGGCACCUCAAACCCCACAGGGCCGGCUCAGAUGCUCCCCAAAGCUGCAGUGGAGGAGGUUCCUCCAGGCACAGUGAGCGGGAGAACGGCAUCAGCCAGCGGGGGAAAGGUGGUAGUGGGAAUGGGAGAGGAGGAGGUGGCACAAAUGUGGAAAAUGGGGAUCUCAGCACAGAAGCUGGUUCCAGUAAGCCAUCUGGGGGCAGGAAGCGGAGAUGGUCGGCCCCUGAGGGUCGGAAAGUAGAAAAAUCAGAGGAGGAGCCACCUUUGACCCUGCCCAAACCUUCAUUCAUCCCUCAUGAGGUGAAAAUCAGCAUUGAAGGAAGGUCAAAUAUUGGCAAAUGA